AUGGGCUCUACCGACUUUGGCAACUUUAACAAAUUCUGCAGAGAUUCUACUCUGCCGGUUUGCAACCUUCUAUCAGAUCACCACAACCAAACGGGGAAAUGGGACGGCUGCCAGCUAACCGGCAUUUCCCUCAGCGGAGGCCGCCACCUUGGUAACCUUGGUUCCAUUCUUCUGGCUGGAAUUGCCAUCCUCACAGCUGUUUUCUUACUGCUCCAGUCGGACAAGAAGAAGGCUGCUGUUGGCAGAAGGGAAAUGCAGUUGUUUCUUCUUGGCUACAUUGUCAUUAGCAUUUGUGAAAUCUUCUCCGUUGGCGAGUUUCCACUCUCUAGCAAAGUCCGCAUGGCCUUUAGCGCGAUUCAUAUUGGCAUGAUCACUGCCACGACGUGGAUUCUUAUGCUCAAUGCCGUGAUUGGCUAUCAAUUGAUUGACGACGGUACCGCGCUCUCUUUGGGUCUCGUUGUUGCAUCCGCCGCCGCCUUCUUCAUUGGCACCGGCUACAUUGCUCUCGACACUGGCUUCAGCUUCACAGAAUUCUGGGACUCGAGUUACGCUCUGCCUAACCGGAACCUGGCUCUCUAUGUCCUCUACCAGCUUGUGCCGCUCAUUUUCCUCGUCGCUUUCUACGUGCUCGAGACUAUCCUCGUCCUUCGCGUACUCGGCGAGAUUCGCCCCAUGAUCUACUUGACAGCCGCUGCUGUCUUAUUCGCCAUCGGACAGGUUUUCAACUACACUGUCUCCCCGCACAUCUGCAACGGAACCAAUGGCAAAAUUGACGGUGCGCUGUUUCAAACCCUCUUCACCCUCUUAUCCGUCGUUGGUGUAUGGGCCUUUUGGUCAAGCAUCACCGAGGAUGACUGGUCAUCGCAGGAGGGCCCGUACCCCUAA